AUGCCACCCCGAAUACAUCCGCCGUCAAAGGCAAUUGCGUCCAUCCUCCGCUCCAAACGCCCUCUAGGAAUCCACCGCCAAUAUGCAACGGCAGCAGCAAUCACCCCGGCGGCCUCUCACGAGCAGAUGACUAGAUCCCCCCUUCCCAUAGCCCGCUACCCCUCUACGCAGCCACCUUCCUACAAGCCCCCCGAGUUCCGCAAGUCCCAGCUCCUCCGCCAGUACGCCUCCCUCCUGCGCUCCACGCCCCUCAUGCUCCUCUUCCAGCACAACAACCUGAAAUCGAUGGAAUGGGUCAGCAUUCGCCGCGAACUUUCCAAAGCCCUGCAGAAAGUGGACGAGGCGCGGGUAGCGGCUGGACACCCAGCCGAGAAUCUGGCGGACGGGAUCAAGAUCCAGAUUAUCCAGACGGGAAUCUUUGCUGCCGCGUUGAGAGUUGUCGAGUUCUACAAGCCAGGGGAGCAACAGGCGACGCCGAUUCAGGACGAGGCUGGGCUGACGCAUACGUUGUCGAAGGCUGCUCAUGAGGCGGUGGUGGACAGAAGGACGGCGCAUGCUUUGGCACCGCUGCUGUCUGGACCGCUGAUGCUAUUGACGUUCCCCAAUGUCUCCCCGCAGCACAUGAAAGUCGCGUUGUCGAUUCUCUCGCCCAGUUCACCGGACUUCAAAGCUCCAACACGGAGAGCUAAUCCCGGAUGGCACGAUCCUGCGGUGCAGAGCGGGCUUCAAAAGUUACUUUUGCUGGGAGCUAGAGUGGAGGGCAAGGUGUUUGAUGUUGAAGGUGCGAAAUGGGUCGGAGGUAUUGACGGUGGAAUAGAAGGAUUACAAGGGCAGCUUGUGGCUAUGCUGCAAGCGUUUGGAGCUGGUCUUACGAAUACGUUGGAGAGUGCUGGGAAGAAUUUGUACGUUACCGUGGAAGGUAGACGGACUAUGCUAGAGGAUGAAGCGAAGGGCGUGUCCGAGCCGGCGAAGGAGGAGACGAAAUCGGAAUGA